GUCAAAAUGGAAUCUAAUCCAGAGAUGGAAAGUCAUAAAUAUCUGGAUCAAUUUACUAAUGAAGAGUAUAAAGAGAAUGAUCUUUUAUCAAUAGCUGAACUAGAUGUAACUGGCAUUGGACAUAUCCAAGACAGAUAUACAAAGAGGUUACAAGAGCUAGAAGCUUUGGUAAAGCAAUCACAGAUUGCUCUCAAGUUGUAUUCAUUUGAAAAAGAGCAUAGCUACUUGACUCGUAUCUCUCAGAUCAUCAAUUGUCUGCAUCAAGUAAGAGAAGAGCUUGACCAAAUAAGUAAGGCUUCUUCAAGCCAGCUUCAAUCUCUUAGCACUAGGUUGGAUCAUCUCAAAAGGCUGACUACAGAAAUCUUGGAGAAGCAUUGAGAAGUUUCUAUUUCUGUUUAUGAACAAAAAAUCCAGGCCUUACAGUCUUUCGGUCAGGAGUGGGUGAAAGAUUGACUUUAUGAUAAGAAAAUACAGGAAGAGUCUACACAAGUGAACAUUAUGUGUUGUUUUAAUCAUUAUACAAAUAGCUCUUUAUGCAAGACAACUAUUUUUGAGAAGUUAAAGAGUUUUGACUUAAUUAUAUAUUUUCCUUGCGUAAGAUUUAUUCAGAGAAUGAACGUGCUUUCCAUGCUUCGAUUUAAAACUAUUCGGAUUCUAAGCUUCCCUCGAAAUUUGGAGAUUAUCAAAAGUACUCUGGACAAGCUACCUUUGGAUGGAUGUGAGAAGAUCGUCCUAUGUUCCUCUUCUAGGUAUAAUUCUCAUAUCAGCAUCAGUCGAUAUAUGACCUGAAUUACAAGAAAUAGACACAAAAUUUUGAACCAAAUAGAUCUACAGAUGUUCAGAAUCAAUGAGUCUCAGUUAGCCAGACUCUUCAUUACUUUCAAGCACAUUAAAAGUAUUGGAUUGGAGUAUUGCAACCUUUCAUUAUCAGGAAUCCCAGAUUUUACUAGGUUUUUGAAAGCUACCUCUUUACAAUACCUCGGUCUUUCAGGUUCAGAAAGUGCUUUCUGAAGCAACUGGGAGAACAACCCCAGUGCAUUUGAAGACUUCAUAAAAUCCCUAUCAGAUUCAGACUUAAAGAAGAGUCUUAAAAGGAUUCAUAUUGGGCCAUCCUGUGCACUCACAAGAGGCUUAGUCACAGGAGUUUUAAACAAGAGCGGUCUUCCAAAUGUGGUGAUCCUGGGUCAAUUCAGUGAAGAGAACUUAUCCUUUAACUUGUUUGGUGAUGAUUAUUAA